AUGAUGAUAACUGAUCUUCCUCUAGAGUUGUGUUGUUUAAUUAUGUUAAAACUACCGGUGAAGUCUCUAUUGCGUUUACGUUGCGUAUGCAAGUUGUUUCGUUCCAUGAUCGAUGAUCCCCACUUCACCAAACUUCACCAUUCACGGUCCCUCGCUUGUCCUGAAAGCAGCACGCGCAUCCUCGUUUACAACAUCAACGACGAUGACAAUGUGGAUUUCUUCUCCGUGGAAAUUGGAGGAGACCAACAAGCGGUUCGCUGCGCUACGUUUCCCAUGCACUGUUUGGUUUCAUUUUUCUACCGAAAGAGUGACAACGUUCGUUCUGAUGUUCAUUAUGACCAUUAUGGUGAAUUGAAUUUAAGGUUCUGUCCCGGAUACGUGAUUACUUGGAUCAUCAAUUCGCCUCAGGUUGUGAAAGGCUUGAUUCUCCUUAAGGACCAAAUCUGGAAUCCGCUAACCGGUCAUUUAAUCACUCUUCCGCAUGCAGAAGAGGAUCUUCCCAAAUGGAAGCCGCCAACUAAUCAUUUCUUAGGUUUCGAUCCACAUACAAACCAGUAUAAAGUGCUCUACAUAAGGCAUUAUUAUUACCAAGAAAAAGAAAGUUAUUCAACUGUUUGCAAAAUACUGACAAUUGGAAUAGACGGCAUAAUUGGCUCAUGGAGAUUCAUCAAAACCUAUCCUAAGGAGAUGCCAACACUCCAAUCCCCUGUGCUAAGGGGUUGCGGCAACGAUAUGUUGUACCUGAGCAAUCCAGACUACUACCCCGGCGGUGUCCUGGCCUUGGACCUUCAUACGGAGGUGUUUCAUACUCCCUCUUUUCCUGUGGACAACAUUAGCCAGGGAUGGUCUAUAUACAAUGCGUUCCCAGGGAGAUCGGUGUUCAAUCAUAAUACUAAUUUUUGGCUAUCGAACGGUAAAGGCGGAUGGGACCAGAGAUUAUUAGACAUUCCGAGACCCCAUACGGUGUAUGACACUUUGGGCAAAGGCGAGAUACUUCUUUGUUACGAUAAUGAUACAAUGUUGGCAGGAUUUAACUUGGAGACUGGAUUCUUAAGAGAAAUUCAUACUCCUAAUUUACAAGAUUAUUUAUCAGAUUGUUAUGUGUUUAGAACUCAUGUAGAAUGCUUGAUUCGAUUUUGA